UGCCCCUUGGAAAAUGGCUUGCUGUUGGGAAUACAUCACGCUAUUCAUUUGGAAGAAUAUUCCGUAGAUGACACGGACAUGCUUUCCACAGCUUGAGGGGAAAAAAAGGACGAGUGGUUAUGUUUUGCAAACAUGAAGAUGAGUCUGAGUGUUGGAUUAAGACAAAGAUUAAGAGAUGGCUUUGUGGAAAUCUUCCUCUCAGGACUUCAUUACUCUGUGCCCUCCUGUCAUUAUGGAAACCAACCAUCUACCUAUGGGGUGAUGGCAGGCAUCAAGCCUUCAACUCCAGAGAUGCUGUCGGCAAGUCUCUCCCAGACUCGCAUCUUACAGACGUGCAGCGUGCCCCAUCCCAAUGUGGUAAACAGUGUCAGCACCUUGCAAAGUAGUCUGACCCCUUGCCUUUAUAAAUUCCCGGAGCAUGCUCUCAGUGCCAGCUCCUGUGCCCUGGGCCACGGCUUCACUCCCAUGCCCCAGCCCCUCCUCACAGAUGAUGCCACUGCCACGGACUUCAAGCAGGAGUUCCGCAGGAAAAGCAAGUCCGUUGAAGACCCUGUUGACAUGGACUCCCCUGAGAUCAGGGAACUGGAGAAAUUCGCCAACGAAUUUAAGCUGCGGAGAAUUAAGCUGGGUUACACACAAACCAACGUUGGAGAAGCACUGGCUGCAGUGCACGGCUCCGAGUUCAGCCAAACAACCAUUUGCCGAUUUGAAAACUUGCAGCUGAGCUUCAAGAACGCCUGCAAACUGAAAUCCAUACUGUCCAAGUGGCUGGAGGAAGCAGAACAAGUAGGAGCUUUAUACAAUGAAAAAGUUGGAGUGAAUGAGCGGAAGAGGAAGCGCAGAACCACCAUAAGUAUCGCUGCCAAAGAGGCCCUAGAGAGGCACUUUGGAGAACAAAGCAAACCUUCCUCUCAAGAAAUUAUGAGGAUGGCCGAGGGGCUCAACCUUGAGAAAGAAGUUGUAAGAGUUUGGUUUUGCAACAGAAGACAAAGGGAAAAAAGAGUUAAGACGAGUUUACAUCAGAACACCUUCAGUUCUAUUAUCAAGGAGCACCAUGAAUGCCGGUAAAGCUUUUCCAUGUAUAGAUGUGGAUUUCUGUUUUGCUUUUUGUAAAGAUUGUAAAUAUUAUGUUGUUUCAAAAAGAAAAAAAGGAAAAGAAAAAAAAUUAAA